UUGCAUUAGAAGAGAAACAGGAAGCGCAAGAUGACAGUCGAAUCAGCUGACUUGACUGUGUCUUGUACUCUGUUUGCGAUUCUUUAAGGGUUUUUUGUUUAGAAUAUAUCGAGUAUUUUUAGUAAAAACAGGUUUUAUUAGUUAGUUUAGGAGCCUGAAAUGUUGCGGCCGAAAGCUUUGACGCAGGUGCUGAGCCAGGCGAACACCAACGGAGUCCAGAGCACUCUUUUACUCAACAACGAGGGUUCUCUUCUGGCUUACUCCGGUUAUGGAGACACCGACGCCCGCGUCACGGCGGCCAUCGCCAGCAACAUCUGGGCCGCCUACGACAAGAACGGCCAUCAAGCCUUUAAUGAAGACAAGCUGAAAUUUAUCCUCAUGGACUGCAUGGAAGGAAGGGUGGCCAUCACGCGUGUCGCCAACCUGCUGCUGUGUAUGUACGCCAAGGAGACGGUGGGCUUCGGGAUGCUUAAAGCCAAGGCAGAGGCAUUGGUGCAGUAUCUGGAGGAACCAUUAACCCAAGUGGCAGCAUCCUAGCUUUGCUGUGGCUCACCUUUCCUUCCCUUCCCUUCCUGGAGUCUGACAGAAGGUCACCUGAUCCGGGUUGCUCACCGACUGAACAUGCGACCCAACAUGGCGGCUGAGCGCCGCUCUUUGCCUGUUUGGUGUUUUUUUAUUAUUAUUUACCAGAUUAGAUUUCAGGAAGAAGUCAUUUGUUGACCUGCUACAAAGAUCCAGUUUUCUGUCAGCUUUGCUGUUUAAAGCAGAACUGCAGCCUUUUCUACUCACUUGCAAAUAAAUUGUGGUGAAGAUUUGUGGGAUUUUUUGUCUUUGUCUGAAAAAUGUAGCUAAGAAUAUUUACCUGUUUUUGUUCAGAUUUGUUUAAUAAAGAAGAUUCUAAGCCAGAAAA